ACUUCGUGCUGGCUUCCCCCGUAGCCAACAUAUUGUUUGUGUUACCCGUAGAUAGAUGAUUGAGGAUGAAGAAAGUAGGUAACACGUUUAAUUUGAGUUGAGAUAUAAUUUGUUAUUUAUUGAGCCGAAAGAAGAUUUAUUACUUUUAUAAUUUUGACGAAGGGGGCCGGUUUUGCUCAGGGUUGGAUCCAGGAAUUUUCUGAGGGGGGAGGGGCACACAUUUUGAGGACAUUUAAUUAUACUGGUCUUCCGAUUUUUUGCAGUUAAACCAUUUAAUUCCAUUGAAGUUAAAAUUGUAUAAUGAUAAUAAUAAAUGAAUAUUCUUUAAAAUACUACAUACUAACUAUAAAUGUAUUACCAGGAUCAGGACUAGGAUCCUAUCGCCAGUGGGUCGGGAGCGGACGUGUGUGCACGUCGAGAGCCGUUACGAGAGAGAUCGAGCUCGGUAUCUUUAUUCUAUGAUCGAGCUGCGCCGGGCACGCCGCGACGUCCGUGGAGACGCCGUGACGUCAUGCUGGACUCGGGUUGGUGUCGCCAACCGCAGCAGGGGGACCGUAGAGAGGGAAUAUUGUGGCGAUGGCCCGCCACAACAGUAUAAUUGUAAUGUGAAGAACAUUGUUUUCUAUGAUUUUAGUGUUUCCUCCAAGUCUGAGGAAUUAUAAUAUUAUAAUAUGUAUAUAAAAUAUGCGUGCAGUAAUCUAGCGAUCAUGUCUGUUUAUUUAGUCAUGGUAAUAACCUCAGUUAAAAACGUGUUCUAAACAAUAACCAAAAUCAAGAUACGUUGUAAUGCUGACGUGUCAUCAACGAAUUUGGUUAUUCGCUCAAUUUCUCAGGUAGCGAUUUUACUAAAUUAAUAACGAUUAAACGAAAAACCGCAGAUACUUGGAAUUUGCACCAUAUGUUUAUUUUAUUAUUUUCUUUGCUUUCUUAAAAAAAAUUUCAAAAUAUUUUAACUCGUGUCAAGUGGUUUACGGACAUUUUCAAUUUUCAAUUUUUUCAGUUUUUCUUUUCAAUAGUCAUAAAUAGUAAUUUUAUUUGUUGGAUCAAAAACUUGAAGAAUUCAGUACAAGGUUCCUCACACAUUGGUACAAUAUCAGCUUAAAAUAUUAAAAAUAUAAGCUUGACUAGGAGAAUCACUUGUUACUGGCAUGUUAUCAACAAAUAUUGAAAGAAAAAUAGAUCUGAGUUUACUAUUCUCGUGAUACAGGGCUUAAUGAUUGUUCACCUCACUUCAACAUAGAAAAAGAUACAAUAGCCAAAAUGGAGAAUUAUGGAUUAAAUGAAAUUGACAAAUUCGGUUUUAUCACCAAUUUAUCAAGAACUCUUUACAUUGGUAACUUAAAGGAAAAUAUUGAUGAUGAUACAUUAUUUAGAUAUUUUGGAGAAUUUGGACAAAUUAUUAGCAUUAAUAUUAAAAGAGUAGAAUAUGUUGGUGGUAGACCAAAAAUAUAUGCAUUCAUUAAAUACUUUGAUAGCAACAAUGUAAUUAUUGCCAUACUUAAAAUGAAUGGUGUAAAUAUAGAAGGUUGUCGUAUACGUUUGGGUUUUGGAAAAACAUAUCCAUCAAAAUGUGUUUGGAUCACCGGUAUUAAUGAAUUAGAAGAUAAUAAUAAUCUUCUGCAGAUUUUUGUAACUGAAUUUGGCCCCAUUGAAAAUUAUUCGAUUGAUCGUAUAAAUAAACGCGCAUUAAUAUAUUUUAAAGAGUUUGUAGACUCAGAAGCAGCUAUUAAUAAAAUGAAGAAUCGUCUUAUAAAUGGUUUAUAUUUGCGUAGUGAUUAUGCAUCUAUUGAGUGUCAAAAAAAAUUUGCUGAAUUCUUCCAUAGGCCAAAUGAUAACAUAUAUUUAUCAACACCCCUGAAUAAUGUUCACAUUCAAAAUACAUCAAUUUCUAACGUUAAUAGACAAAGGCCAGCAGUAAGUCAUGUUGAGACGGAUAGUACAAGUAUUGCUUCCAAGGAAAUUACAUCAGAAAUUAUUCUGAUCUAUAGUAUUUGGGUUAAUGGUAUUGCAGAUUCAGUCACUAAUGAAUAUUUAGAAUCUCAUUUUAGUCAAUUUGGACCUAUUCAAAAAUGUUUAAUUGACCGAUCCAACAAAUGUGCUUUGUUGUGUUUCCAAGAGGUAAUUAAUAUUCAUAUUAAUUGUAUUUUUAUUGAUUUACAUACUACACAUUGCAUAUUAGUAUAUUACUACAGUCAUCACUAAUAGAAUUUAGAUACUGAAUAUUCUGAUUCAUUAACAUGUUAGGUUAGGUUUUUAUAUUUUAAAUUUAGAGUGGAACAAUGAGUAUAUUGAAUUUAUAACUUAUGUUUGUAUUUUUCCUCUCAAUCAGUCAUCAUAUAUUGGGUCUUAUUAUUUUGU